AUCCCAAUCAUAUAGCUGAACCUAAAUGGAAUGAGCUUACAAAGUGUGAAAAUGGUAGCAAAUGUGAUACUGGUGCACCUUUCACAAUGACUUUAGUUAAGACCAUAAACAGAGUUUUAGUGGUAAUUAUCAUUGUGUCACACUGUAGUUGGAAUACUCUUACCACAUCCACCUCAGUUACGUAG